CCUGGCGUUUGCUCAUCUCAAGCCUUUCCUUUCGCAUUCUAGACGUACGAUCACGAAUUGGGAUCGCCAAGACCAGUAUAAUUCCCAGCAUCUGUAACUGAAUAUGGACGGCAUCAAGCCCGAGACGCAACCACAGAUUGAGAUACCAGACUCAUCACCUCAACAUCAUCAACAACAACAAACAGAUAGCUCACCAGGCGGCUACCCAGCACAACUGCAAACAGCCAGCCCAUCCGAAACACGCCCCAGAUCGCGAACAGGCAGCAGGUCACCAACACCACGGAGGCCCCAAGAAGCAGACCAACCAGCCGUCUCGUCAUCAGGCCCUGGCCACGAGCGCAUGCCCUCGGUCUACUCAAUACCACCCAAAGACGGCCAGUUCGGCGUGGUGUCGAGCAGCGGGCAGCUGGUGUGCGAAUUCAGACCAUCGAGUGCAUCAACGGAGGUCCCACAGCCACCACCAAAGGUGCCGGGGGGAGGCUAUGGUAAUAUCACCAGCGCCUCAUUCGCAACGACUUCACACUCGGAUUUGAGGGGGCGAUCCACAUCGCCACAGGAGGCCAGCCAGCCCGGCGGCGCUGCGGCCAGCGGCACAGUCAGCACGCUAGAGCUCGCGGUAGACCACGACAGCUACCCAGAGGCCGUGGACCGCAACAACUACCCGGAAGUAUAUAUCCCAACCCCAGACUCGCACGGCGGCCCACAGCCGCAGCAGAUAGAAGCAGGGCCGCCACAUGCAGCCCCGGGCAAGCUCCCACCCCGACACAGCAGCCCCUCGACGAUACCACCACGCAAAUCUGUCCCGCCAAUAAUGGACAACAACAACAGCACCAGCGACUUCUACCCGUCGUCCCCACCACCGCCAAUGGUCUCAUCCCCGCCGGCCCCCGCGUACUCGUCACCCGCGGACUACCAGCGGAUCGGGUACACGGGGACCCUGGACAUGUCGACGGCGGUGGCGACGGUGACGCCGCUGACGAUGCUGGGGGACCAGCCCGACACGGUGGACUGCCCCUUUUGCAUGCGGCGGGUCGAGACGAGGGUGAAGAAGAGGGCUUCCAGGAAGACGCACACCUGGGGGGCAGUCCUCUUCUUCACCACCCUCUUCGGCGUGGCGGCGCCGUACUGCUGCGGCUGGUACGCCAACGUGGAGCACCGCUGCAAGAACUGCGGGCGCAAGGUGGCGCAGAGGAGGUUCGACAGCGACGAGGUCGAGGCGCUGGGGACGCGGCCCGAGCACAGGCUGGUGUCGGCGUACCAGCCGGCCGAGAAGCCGGCCAAGAAGAAGAAGAGGGGGCCAGGUCGCGGUCGUGAGUCCCUCUGAAGGGGCGGGGGAGAGGGAGGGAGGGAGAGAGGAGUAGGCGUGUGAAGGCUGGUUGGUGGUGGCCGAGGAUUGAGCAUCAUUAGUACCAAUAUCUGGACUGGCGGCACACAUGUUCGAUAAGAAUUUCGAUUCCGCUACCUGGACAACUUUUUU